CCCCCACCAGUAAGCGGCUAACCGCCCUCUGCGUCAGUCGUUCGCGUAGAGUUGGAUGGGUCGUUUUACGGUUCCUUGAUGCGAUAUAUUCGCGCGCUCGUGCCUCUCCUUUUUUUUGUCCCCUUAAUCCAUCCGUAAAACUUAUUUGUCCUCUUUUUUUUUUAUUUCCCUAGGUCGGUCUCUUACUUCUAACAAUUCUUCCUUGAGCUUUGUUUAACCCUCGUUUAUCUGUCGCGCGUCGUGGUGACUAAACGUCAUCGAGAUAUAAGAAGAAGAGGAAUAAGGUGUUUCCAGAAGGUGGAGGAGGAGUGGUGAAAUAGGUGGAGGAAGAGAAGGAAGAGAAGGAGAGGAACAACAGCGGCACGGGAGCACCGCAGGCUUUACCGUGCCUUUCCAAAUCUCGCUGCGGUAAAAUACCUCCCUCCUGGAUUCUUCAUCGUGCCUAAUAAUGAGGGACAUGGCGGGCAAGAUCGCCGAGUUGAAGUUCGAAGCACCCCUUGCGCGCUUCGAGGAGGAGGAAACUGCCAGUUUAAAGAAUAUGAAUCUUUUGACGGAACAACUUUUGGAUGCCAGUUUAGAAACGAAUUUUGGUGAAAAUUGUAAUGCGAACGAAGUACCGGCCAAUCACGACAACAGUACGGAUAUCUUACAGGAAGGUACCUUCAGCCCUUUCAGCGGUAGCCUCGAAGACCUGGUUAACACGUUUGACGAGAAAAUAACUUCGUGCUUUCGCGAUUAUGGCACCGACGUUGAAUCUUUGGCACCUGUGCAAGUUAGGACGCAAGAGGAGAUCAUGAACGAGUGCCAGAUGUGGUGGACUAUCACUGGUACUUUUGGCAACAUCUUACCGAUAGACUGGAGCAAAUCUUAUGCUAGAAAAAUGCACAUGCCAGCAUUGAAUCUCAACGAGGCACCAAUUUCAUUGGAAAGACCCGAAUUAGAAGAUUUAAGUAGCGAGGACGAGGCUGUAGCAACGGAUUUGGAUAUGCACGCUUUGAUUUUAUCUAGCAGUACCGAUACUCAUAGCCCAGAGGAACCCUUGAAAACAGCCGAAGAAGUGCUUCGUGAAAUAGAUGACAUAAUGCAGGAGAGUCCGUCUAUGGAAAGAACACCCGAUUCAGAUGGGUCCUUGCUUGACAGUGACGAGGCUUUGGAAAGGAGUAGAGAAGUUCUCGGCUCACCUUUGCACGAAAAAAAAUUGAAACAAUUGACCUCGAAUCAACUUACCGAGUUAUUAGGAGAAAUGGAAUCUCUCGUAGCUGCAUUGAGCGAGACUCUGAUUGCUGAACUUGCACUUCGGGAUGAAUUGGAAUACGAGAAGGAAUUGAAAAAUCAAUUCAUUUCUCUUUUAUUAGCAGUACAAAAUCGACGUAGGCAACAUCACGUUACAAAGAAGAAAAACCAAAUGCAAAAUGGUACUAGUCCGUUACCUCAACAUAGGUCCUUGCAAGAAUCCAAAUAUUUGACCACCGUCAUUCCAUAUAACACGGAUAGCGGACCACCGGAUAAUCAGGCUCUGCAAGUCCUUAUUAAAAUAUUGAAAGCGAUUAGCGAAGAUAGUCCAACUGUACCAACUUUGCUAACGGAUUAUAUUCUCAAAGUUCUAUGUCCUACUUAGUGAGUGUACAGUCAAUUUCCUUCGAAGAUACUCAAAAAUCCAAAACAAUGAUUGCGCUCUCUUCUUCUUGCCAAUGCUCUGCAUACCAUCGUCGUGCCGCGUGCGUUGUUAUAUUUGAAACAACCAUUCUUGCUUCUGAGUUGUAUUUUAAAUAUUACACUCAAUGUGUAUUGGCUGUAGGAUUAGAAGUGGUAACCUGAUAUUCUCAUCUAGUCUUAAUUUAUAUACAUAUAUAU